ACCAAAGACUCAGAUUCUGGCAUUUAAGAGCAAAUCCAAGUCACAAUUUAUAUAAGGAGAGACCUCAACACAAAUUGAGCACAAGUCUUGAACAUAGAAAAUCUCUUACAAUAGAUUGUAUUUCAUUCCCAUGGCCAAGGUUAACCCAGUUAAGAUACUAGAGGUUUGUCGAGUCACACCAUCAUCCGACUCAUCCAAGCAUGCUAUUGAGUCAUCUCUUUCACUCACACAUUUUGAAUUCUUUUGGCUCAGAUUUUAUCCAGUUGAGCAAAUUUAUUUCUACGAGCUCACUGAUUCAACUUCAUCCUUCUUCAGCUCAGUGAUCCUCCCAAAACUCAAAUCCUCUCUUUCACUUGCUCUCCUCCACUUCCUUCCUGUAGCAGGAAACAUCACGUGGCCUUCAAAUGCCACGAAACCAGUUGUCCUCUACACACCAAAUGAUGGUGUUUCAGUCACUGUUGCAGAGUCAAAUGCAGAUUUUAGUUAUCUUUCCGGUAACCAUAUGAAUGAAGCUAUUGACUCACAUCAAUAUGUACCUGAGUUGGCUAUAUCUGACUCAAAAGCAGCAAUCUUAGCCCUUCAAAUAACGUUAUUUCCCAAUCAGGGCUUUUCCAUUGGCGUCGCUUCUCACCAUGGCUUCUUAGAUGGAAAAAGCAUAGUCAUGUUCAUUAGAGCUUGGGCUCACAUAUGCAAACAAAUUGAAACAGAGAAGAUUCCAACAUUAUCACCAGAGCUAACUCCAUGUUUCGAUCGAACAGAUUUUCAGGACCCUGAAGGACUUGACAUGGUGUACUUGAACAACUGGUUAGAAGCCAAGUUACCAGGUUUCAAUGAUACCCCUAAAAGCUUGAAGCUACUACCAGCCGACAACUCUUUAUCAAACUUAGCUCGAGCAACAUUCGACUUGUCUCCUGAAGAUAUAAAGAAACUAAGGCAAAAAUUGCUCUCUCAAUUGGAUGAUCCAAAUCAAACAAAAACAAUGCAUUUGUCAACUUUUGUUCUCUCUUACGCUUAUACUUUGGUUUGCAUUGCUAAAGCAAGAAUGUUUGAAGGUAAAAGAAAGAUUAUCAUAGCAUUUGCCGCAGACUGGAGAGAUCGUUUAGACCCUCCAUUGCCUAAGAAUUAUAUUGGUUGUUGUGUUACUACAAAUCCUAUAUUUACAGAAGCAGAAACUCUCAUUGACGAGAAUGGGUUUAGCUUUGUUGCAAUGAAGCUUAGCGAUAUGAUAAAAGGAUUAGAGAAAGGAAUUCUUGCAGGAGAAAAGGAGAAGCUUGGACUCGUUCUGAAGAGUAUUGAAGUAGGUCAUGAAGAUGUGAUCGCAGUUUCAGCUUCACCAAAAUUUGAAGUUUAUGAGACGGAUUUUGGGUGGGGAAGACCAAAGAAGGUUGAUUUUACAUCUAUAGACUGGAAUGGAGGCAUUUCUUUGUUGAAGAGCAAAGGUUCAAAUGGCGGUGUUGAGGUUGGUAUAGUUCUGGAGAAGCGUGAAAUGGAGAUUUUCAAUUCACUAUUUGUUAAUGGCCUUAUAGAUAUGUCUAAUUAAACUAGUUAAAAUCGGCUCUAUAUGAAUCCUAUGCCAUUACAUUCGUUAGAGUCGAUAAUCCUAAAUCAUUUAGUAUCAGCUGUAUGAAUCUUUUGUUUACAUUUCGCCGCUGAUCAUGAAUAAAUUUUAAGUUGAUGAUA